CUUUUGACGGCCAUUGUAACGGAUUACGACAGUAAGAAAAUGGCGGAGGAGGAGCGGAGUGCUGAGGCUGAGAAACUCAAGGAGAAGGCGAAUAAUUACUUUAAAGAAAAAGACUACGAGAAUGCGAUCAAGUAUUACACUGAGGCGCUGGAGCUGAAUUCAUCCAAUGCCAUCUACUACAGUAACCGGAGCCUGGCAUACCUGCGCACCGAGUGCUAUGGCUACGCCCUGGCAGAUGCCACCCGCGCCCUGGAGAUCGACAAGAACUACAUCAAGGGCUACUACCGGCGUGCAACUUCCAACAUGGCGCUGGGCAAAUUCAAGGCCGCGCUUAAAGAUUACGAGACGGUAGUGAGGGUGCGACCCAACGACAAGGAUGCCAAGCUGAAAUAUCAAGAGUGCAACAAGAUAGUAAAGCAGAAGGCCUUCGAGAGAGCCAUCGCCAGUGACGAACUCAAACGUUCAGUAGUGGAUUCAUUAGACAUUGAGAGCAUGACAAUUGAGGAUGAGUAUAUAGGCCCUAAACUGGAAGACGGUAAGGUCACAGUGAAGUUCAUGAAGGAGCUGAUGGAAUGGUUUAAGGACCAGAAGAAACUCCACCGGAAGUGUGCUUACCAGAUGCUGGUUCAAGUAAAAGAUGUUUUAUCCAAAUUACCAAGUCUUGUUGAAAUUACAUUAAAAGAGACAGAGAAAAUAACUAUCUGUGGGGACACACACGGCCAGUACUACGACCUUCUAAACAUUUUCGAGCUGAACGGCUUACCGUCUCCGACCAACCCAUACUUGUUCAACGGUGACUUUGUGGACCGUGGCUCUUUCUCAGUAGAGGUCAUUCUCACACUCUUCGGUUUCAAGCUCCUUUACCCAGACCACUUCCACCUACUGAGAGGUAACCACGAAACAGAUAACAUGAAUCAGAUGUAUGGCUUCGAAGGCGAGGUCAAGGCCAAGUACACGGCGCAGAUGUUCCAGCUGUUCAGCGAGGUCUUUCAGUGGCUUCCUCUCGCUCAGUGCAUCAACAACAAAGUGCUGGUGAUGCACGGGGGACUGUUUAGUGAAGAUGGUGUGACCUUAGAUGAUCUUCGAAAGAUUGACAGAAACAGACAGCCUCCAGACUCGGGUCCUAUGUGCGAUCUCCUGUGGUCAGAUCCUCAGCCGCAGAACGGGCGGUCUAUCAGCAAGCGUGGCGUCAGCUGUCAGUUCGGGCCUGACGUCACCGAACGUUUCCUGGAACAGAACAAGCUGCAGUACAUCGUGCGCAGUCAUGAGGUGAAGGCCGAGGGCUAUGAGGUCACUCACUCAGGGAAGUGCAUCACGGUGUUCUCCGCACCCAAUUACUGUGACCAGAUGGGUAAUAAGGGAGCCUACAUUCACCUCAGGGGAUCUGACCUCAAGCCUGAAUUCCACCAGUUCACUGCUGUGCCUCAUCCGAAUGUUAAGCCCAUGGCAUACGCCAACUCGCUGUUGCAGUUGGGAAUGAUGUAGAGGCUCCAGCCAUCUCUUAGCAGCCGUUACUCUCUCAAGUCCACACCAGUCCCUCCAGACACGUCACAAUUGUCAUUCCCCCCCCCCCCCUUAAAAGGAAUUGGUCUUCUAAUGCACACAAGCACUCAGUGAUCAGAUCUCACUACUUGGUCAAGCAAGGAGAUGACCUUUUGCGUGUGCCUAGCUGGAAGAAUGGGGGGGGGGGGUAAACAGGACCUCUGUUGCUAAUCCGUUUUAAUUCUGAUGUGUAUCAGUCCAUUAUCCCCUCUGUGUUUAUUUUUUUAAAUCCAGUAUUAGCAGUCUGAGCUAUAGAACGCAAUGAGCUGGAUUGUACCAAAGACCUGGGGUCAUGUGUAGCAAACGGCUUGUAGAAAGAUGGUUGAGGGUGUCUUUUUUUUCUUUUUUCUUUCUUUCUUUUGCACCCUGCCAUUAGAACGAAUGUGGAUGAGCCGCUUGAUGCAUUAAGAUCCUGAAUUAGGAAUAUAAAGUGUCCUCCUGUGUAAAACUGCAUUUGUCAAACUCGGUUUAUUUGAAGCUUCAUCGGGAGGGACGACAGCGUGUGUUUCUGUAAUUCUGUAGCAGUGAAAUCAUCCUGUGCUACUUGGGUCUUUGUAACCGACUGCCAUCAUGCGUACAUCUCUCUAUAUUGCAGAGCCAGGCCGAGUUGGGUCCAUUUGUUUCAAUCCGUCGUAUAAAUGAGAUCACUGAGACAACUGUACAGCCUAAACACGCACACUAACUUCUCUUCCCUGUAGUUACUCGACUGUUUAACUCUCUCCACACGGUUCUUCAGUAUUGUGAUGCUUCACCGUCCGUCUGUACUCCCAUCUGUCUGCACCAACCCCUGUUUUUUCUACCCAUCUCGCUCGACUGAAGUGCACUGGAGAUAGCUGUAGUCCCCUUUCCCCAUCGUACGAUUGUUUAGCUGAAGUCCACCUCCCCCUUCCCGCCAGUGUGGAUUUGUGACAGAACAUGACUGAUGUUUAGAAAUCUUAAAACGCACAGCAGCCAUAUCCCAUGCCCUUGACUUUUUAGAUAACGUUAUAUACACAAAUGUGUAUGUAUAUACAGUAUAUACUGUAACAAUAAAAUCCCUGUGUACAUGUUUGGAAAAAAUUAUUGAAUAAAAAAAAACAAAAAAAAAAACAA